CAUAGGAGGAGUACGAUACUAGCUGGCGGUAUUAUUAAAGGGAUAAGGGAAACAGCACAAAAAAAUGGCCGCCGCAAACAGCUGGUUCUCGGUGCUCACCUCCACCGGCGGCUAUCUUACAUCUCACCGUCUCUUUUCAACAUCACUAACAUCCUCUUCUUUCUUCAUUCCCCAAAAUCAAAACUAUAAGAGGCAAGUUCUCAACAAGUCAUCCUCCUCUCCUCCUGAGAAAGUAGCUGGUAAACAGAAGUUUUCACGGAGAUCAAAAAAUGAAGGGCCUUUUGCAAAUGCAGAUGGCAGGAGCAGUACAAGUGAAAAUGGACGAUCUCAAUCAACAGCAAUUAAAUCAUUUGGUCUGCAGAAAAAAGGGAAAGGAGUUCUGUUAGAUUCGAAGGACCAGCAGGUAGAAACUGGCAGCAUUCAAGAUGCAGCUUUUCUUAAUGCCGUUGUGAAGGUUUACUGUACACAUACUGCUCCAGAUUAUUCCCUUCCUUGGCAGAAACAAAGACAAUUCACAAGUACUGGAAGUGCUUUCAUGAUUGGUGAUGGGAAGCUCUUGACGAAUGCGCAUUGUGUUGAACAUGAUACACAGGUCAAAGUGAAGAAAAGGGGAGAUGACACAAAAUACGUUGCUAAGGUUCUAGCUAGAGGGGUAGCGUGUGACAUAGCUUUGCUAUCCGUGGAAAGCAAGGAAUUCUGGGAGGCAGCUAAGCCCCUUAGUUUUGGACGGUUGCCUCGUCUGCAGGAUGCUGUAACUGUGGUUGGCUAUCCACUUGGAGGAGAUACAAUCUCUGUAACAAAGGGGGUGGUGUCAAGAAUUGAGGUUACAUCAUAUGCUCAUGGAUCAUCUGAGCUUCUGGGCAUUCAAAUAGAUGCAGCAAUAAAUCCUGGUAAUAGUGGUGGUCCUGCAUUCAAUGAUGAUGGAGAUUGCAUUGGAGUUGCAUUUCAGGUUUACAGAUCCGAUGAUGCUGAAAAUAUUGGUUAUGUAAUACCUACUACAGUUGUAUCUCAUUUUUUGGAAGACUACGAGAGGAAUGGGAAGUAUUGUGGCUUUCCUUGCCUUGGGGUGUUGUUGCAAAAAUUGGAGAAUCCAGCGCUACGUGCCUGCUUAAAAGUGCCAUCUAACGAGGGUGUACUCGUCCGGAAAGUUGAGCCCACUUCUGACAUCAGUAAUGUUGUGAAAGAGGGCGAUGUCAUUGUUAGCUUUGAUGGUGUUCAUGUUGGGUGUGAAGGAACAGUGCCAUUUCGAUCAAGUGAACGUAUAGCUUUUCGCUAUCUCAUUAGUCAAAAAUUCACUGGUGAUUCAGUUGAGCUUGGUAUCAUUAGAGCGGGAGAAUUCAUGAAAGUUCAAGCAAUUUUGAAGCCACGUGUUCAUUUGGUUCCUUAUCACAUAGAAGAUGGUCAGCCUUCAUACCUAAUAGUUGCAGGCUUGGUGUUUACCCCACUAUCUGAACCACUAAUAGAGGAAGAAGAAGAUAGCAUUGGGCUAAAACUAUUGACCAAGGCUUGAUACUCUUUGGCCAAGUUCGAAGGUGAGCAGAUUGUUGUACUAUCUCAGGUCUUGGCAAAUGAAGUAAAUAUUGGAUAUGAGGAUAUGAGCAAUGAGCAGGUCUUGAAGUUGAAUGGCACCCGAAUUAAAAACAUUCACCAUUUGGCUCAUCUUGUAGAUUCAUCCAAGGGCAAAUAUUUAGUGUUUGAAUUUGAAGACAAUAUUCUGGUGGUUCUGGAAAGGAAGGAAGCCAUGUCUGCCUCAGCUAGUAUUCUCAAAGACUACGGCAUUCCAGCAGAAAGAUCAUCAGAUCUUCUGGGACAGUAUGUUGAUUCCACCAUACAACAAAGUGAAGCAACCAAUCACGGUGAAUUUGGCUAUGAAGGGCUUCUUUGGGCUUGAUCACUUAGCAUAUGAAGCUUGAUCUUGAUUCACACUUGAAGGCAGCCAUUCUUCUUCAUGCAUAAGAUGGUUAUUCCUGCCUAAAAAGAUCUAUUGUCACAUUUGUAAACUUGACAGGGGGGAAGAACUCGGAUAAACAGGCAAAUCUGCAUGGUGACUCUACACAACAGCACGCACUUGGCUACCUCCUUUGGAUAUAAAAAAGAAAAGAAAAUGUUCAGUUGAAAUCAAUGUGUGAAGUUCAUGGCCCUGCACAUCAAGUAUGCAGCAUUUCUGAGGUUUGUUUUUACAGGUGUAGGAUGUAAUUAUCAAUUUUUAGGAAAUUUUGGGAGUUGAAGGUUUUGUUACCAUUCACAUAAUUCAGUAUACGCAAAAAAAAAAAAAAAAAAUUGCUGUUUCAGUUUUUCCUUCCCGUUCCCGGUCUCUCACCAACCACUAAACAUUAACCUUUGAUCUGAAACCUGAAAGGACAGUAGCAACAGGAAGUUUUUAUAUGAAAAAUGGAAGGUCAGAUAAGAUGGUGGGUGUAUUUAUUCACUUUCCUGAACCGUAUCCUUAUGUGGGAAAUAUCACAUUCCUAUGAGCUCAAUAUGUGAUAAGACUGUAGAAUGGACCUACCAUACUACAUCCUGAACAUGCUUACGUAGACCUUUUUUAUUUCUUUUUAAAUGAAAUGACCAUGCAAAUAGUUUUCACAUCGGUAUAAGCCAGUUUAUGGCAAGGUAGCUUCCAUAUUUUUCAAGUUACUUAUUGACAUUUUCAAGAUGGUGGAGGUGCCAGACCACAAUUUUGAAAAUGGUUUGUUAGAUAGAGGAAGAGGACAAACAAGCUCAUGUGGCAUCUCAACAAUUACCAUUAACCAAUCUUGCCAAUACAUUCCAAGCUGUCUUCUUAGCCUACUAAAUGCUUCUUGUACCAAAGAUAAUAGUAUCUUUACUAUUUCUGUGCCCAAGAAGGCAUUCAUUAAUGGCUUCCACUUCCACAAAGCCAUCCCACUCAUGAUUUUCUUGAUUAGCUAAUCUUUUCAUUCUUCUGUAGCUAGCACGCGAGCUUCAACUAUUUCAGCUGCACCUUCACUUUCUCCACAUAUAACUCCUCUGUUAAGUGAUUCUUCACUGCCCACUAUACCUUCAACUCUCAGCCCACCGAAUCCAGAUGCUAUGGUUGCUCCUGGGCCAUUUCAGCCUCAAUUCACUCUGCAAUUCCUCUAGCAUCAGUUUCUAGUGCAAUUCUGGUCUUUGGUCUGUAAUGGAUUGUAAUUGAUUGGUACAGAUUGGAUUUUGGUAUAAUUUAUUGUUUUAGUAUUCACACCAUCAUUUAUGUAGUACAGAUUUAUUCAUGGCUUCA